ACAAAACAGAACAAGUGAAAGUAGAAUAAACAACAACACCAACAACAACGUUAAAUGUCUUAUUCUUCUUCUUCUUCCUCUCGUUUGUUGUUGCAAUUACAGAGUUCUUCGCAACUAAUGUUACGUCUCUCACCCUUUCUCGCUUCUUCUCCUCCUCCUUCUUCUUCUUCUCUCUCUUUCUCAGCAAACUGCCACGUGUCCUCUUCAGCUCAAUCCACACUCCAACAGGCACAUCAACGAAGCUCAGAAAUGGUGGCAUUGGAAUAUGCUGACCUCAAUCUCUCUUACAACUUGGAUAUGGGUCACCUCAGGAUCAGGCAACAUGUUAAUCCUCUAAGCGCUUCUUUCUCUGUUCCUGCACAAGUACCAGACUGGAACCAUGUCUUUGCAGACCCAAUGUUGCCACUCAUGGUGGACAUUGGAUGUGGCAGUGGCAGGUUUCUAAUGUGGUUGGCUAAAAGAACUCCUAAAAAGAGAAACUUUUUGGGAUUGGAAAUCCGGGAAAGGAUAGUCAAGCGUGCUGAGACAUGGGCAAAGGAUCUGGCUCUCAAUAACAUACAUUUCAUGUUUGCAAAUGCCACAAUUUCUUUCAAGCAGUUGGUAGAAUCAUAUCCUGGGCCCUUGGUCUUAGUCUCAAUUCUGUGUCCAGACCCACAUUUCAAGAAAAGACAUCAUAAAAGAAGAGUUCUCCAGAAGCCUUUGGUUGGUGCUAUAGUGGACAAUUUAAUGCCAGGGGGACAGGUAUUUGUACAGUCUGAUGUGCUUCAAGUGGCACUUGACAUGAGAAAUCAGUUUGAUGAAGUUGAAGCAUUGAAACACAUAGAUGUUUCCAACCCAGCUAUGUUGUGUGACAGUGAAGGGUGGUUGUUAAGCAACCCCAUGGGAAUAAGGACUGAGAGAGAGAUCCAUGCAGAACUUGAAGGUGCAAAAAUCUUUAGAAGAUUGUACCAGAAACAGAUAUGAAUGAUGAGUUCUCAAGAUUGACUACUUUGUUGAUUUUCUCUCCUACUAUGAAGCAAAAUGGACAACCUUAUCCAUGUCAGACAUAAAUGGAAAGGAACACUCAUGAGACACACUGUGCACCCCAUAUGACACCUCAAAUUUUAUCAACAUGCUUGGACUUUUUUUUGUCUGCAGGGUCCAUGUUCUUUUACAUGUUCAACUACAAUUCAAAACCUCACAUCUUCCUACUAGAAUGCUUGCCAAUGAACUUCUCAUGGUGCACAUAUCAUACCUAAUUGGUUAAGGUUUAGGGUUUUUGUAUUAUGUAUUUGAAGUGUAUUUUUAUAUGAUCAAGUACUACGACAGUUGAAAAGUAAUUUUGUGGAAAGAAAAGGCACAAACUUUUUCCCUUC